AUGACGUUCUUCGCCUUCCUUGUUGGCCUUUUUGCCAUCAUCCAGUUGGUACGGCCAUUGGAGCCAAUUGAUGAACGAUCUCUGAUUUAUUUACAGGCGAUUGGCGUUGCUCUACCAGAGAACCUUAAUGCGCAACUUCCAUACCCCGUCUCGGACCUCGUCUUCACUGGUGAGAUCGGUGGUCAGAAAGUUGCCUUACUGGAACUAUUCAAAUUUUGGGUUUGUAUUGGAAUAAUAUUCUCAAUGUCCGAAGGAAGAUCGAUGUUUGACACAUUGAAGCAAGUCUAUGCUCAAGCCAAGUCCGCCAACCCUGCUUUCGACAUUAAAUCCAAACUCUCCGCAAAUGAGGCUUCUGUCACUGGUAGAUCCAACGAUUUAGAGACAAGAAACAAGGACGGCUUUUUCUGCACUCAAAACAUCGGUUGGCCAUGGGGACAAGUAAAUGCCGAUUUUCUUGAUGAAGGAACUCGCUACUUGAGGGGCAAGGGUCGGUGUGGUGUCAAUGGUCAUUCAUGCGCUCGUAUUGCCUGCUCGUACAGAACUGCCAUCUUCCUGUGCAAUGAUCGCCCGGAGUUUAUUCAACCAGCGUGCCCAUAUCUUGCUAGCUACGUCGAUGACAUUGUAAACGUAUGCGGCAUUCACUACGACAGUGCUUUUACCCACAACAUUUUGGUUGCGGGCCAGCGUUUUGAUACCGAUAGAUACAAUGUAUUGGUCAGAUUCGAUUACUGUUAG